UUGGUAUUCUUGCCGUUGACGGUCACUCUGUUCCUUAAACGAAAUAAUAAUUUCACAACCAUUGGAAAAAGGAAUUUAUUGGUGAAAUACAGAGAAGAUUCCAUUGCAACACAGUUGCAACAGCCUUCCGGGUCACUUACGCCUCGAUUGGGCCUUUAAAACCGUGUGUCCUCCAACGCAGACACAUCAAAUCCACCUGCGAUCCGCUGCUGGUCAGGAUUUGGCCAGAGGUUUGUUUGUUUAUUGGCCCGCAAACUGCCACAAUUACCACCGAUUUAGAUCUCGAUCUUGUCCAGCCUAGUGCCAAAAGAAUGUCGUCGCCAUGGGUCAAAAACAGCGAGCCAGUGCAGCAGGUCAAUCUGGCGGAUAUUAUGUCGGAGCAAUAUGCCCACAAGCUGCACGACAAGGAGCUGCAGCGGCACACGGAGAAGGUUCUUAAGCCGGAGCAGCCAGUAGCCUCUAUUUGGGAGGCGGGAGCCGCCUCAUCCCCGCCAGCGGCCAGUUACUCCAAUGUGGCGGGCAGUUCGCUGAGGAAUCAAAGCGACAGCGAGGAAUGGGAGGAUUACUCUUCGCUACUCAACGACGAGGGAAUUCCAACGGAGAGCAUUGAGAUCCCAGAGGACAGCGAUGCCGUCAUUGCCCAACUACUCCAAUCCCAGUUCGACCACGAGUACAACGAGGAGCUGCGUCGCAUCGAGCGGCAGCAGAACAAGCAGUCCAAGGUCACCGUCACCUUGAAUAAGUUCCUGCGCGACGGCGACGCCGAGUUUCUGCACGACACCGCCGAAGAGGAUUACGAGGAGGAUGAGCUGGACCAGCAAAAGCACGACUGGGAUCGCUUCGAGGACAACGAAAGGCAGCUGGAGUCCAUUCCGCGUUGUGGCUUCAAGGUAAACAAGGAGGGCGAGAUGAUCACCAAGCAUGAUCCGCAGCUAUGUGCAGUGAGGAAUGCCCAGCGUGUGAUGUCCUUUCCGCCAGAAUUUCCCACUGGCGAUGCCGCUGGCUUCGACAUGAAGCUUUCCAAUAAGGUCUUUAACCAACUGAGGGCCCACUCGCGACGUGGUCGCUCUGACAAGCACGAAAAAGUGGCCACCGCCGAGAUGGGUUUGGAUGCCGGCACGCGUCUGCUGUUGUAUAAACUGAUCAACAACCAAGUGCUCGAGCAGAUCAACGGCAUCAUCUCCACGGGCAAAGAGGCGGUCAUCUUGCACGCCAACUCCGAUUCUAAUUACACGGGCAGCAAUGAGCAUGGUCACCAGAAUGGUGUGCUAGUGCCCGCGCAUCUUUUGCCCCGCGAGUGUGCCAUCAAGAUCUUCAAGACCACACUGAACGAGUUCAAGCAGCGCGAUCGGUACAUCAAGGAUGACUAUAGAUUCAAGGAUCGAUUUAGCAAGCAAAACCACCGCGUGAUCAUUAAUAUGUGGGCGGAGAAGGAGAUGCAUAAUCUGAUGCGAAUGCAGGCCAUCGGAUUGAACGUUCCGGAUGUGGUGGUGCUGAAGAAGCACGUGCUGGUCAUGCGUUUCAUCGGCGACAAUCAUAAUGCGGCGCCCAAGUUGAAGGACGCCCGGCUGAGUGCGGCGGAGCUGAGCUGCGCCUACGAGGACAUUGUGGCCGCCAUGCACAAGUUGUACAACGAGGCCAAGUUGGUGCAUGCCGAUAUGAGCGAGUAUAACAUACUCUGGUACGAGGGCAAGUGCUGGUUCAUAGACGUGGCCCAGAGUGUUGAGCCCAAGCAUCCCAGCGCCCUGGAGUUUUUGAUGCGGGAUUGCGGCAACAUUGUGAACUUCUUCGAACGUCGCGGCCUGCCCAAUAUCUACACCAAGGAGCAGCUGUUUGAGUUUAUAACAGGACUCAACGCAGAGGUCCACAAUGCCGCCCAGCUGGAGCAGAUCCACACGCGCGGAGCUUCCAUUAACCAGGCAACUGCUCCGAAUCAGGAGGAGUGCCCUGACGAGCUGAAGCCGCUGGAAUAUCCCUUCGAGCUGGCCUGGGAGAAGUCGCAGCAGGAUCGCGAGGCCCAAAGGGCUCUCAAGCUAGCGCAGGAUAAUAACGACAAUGAAACCGAUACGGACAAGGACCAGGAAAGCGAUGGCAACGAUAAUGACGACAAGGAAAAGGUCAACAAAACUGCCAAACAUUGAAACUUCUAAAGCGUAGCCUGAUUUUCUAGUUUAGUUUGUAAUUGAUAUUAACGGUUUUGGCCACAGCGAUUCUAUUUGAAUUUGUAAAAUUCCUAAGGAAAAACUAUGAUGCUUAUAGUCAAGGGUCUUGACUAUAAAAGAGUCCUCGAAACAAGAAUAAAGUUUAAUUUUCCGACUAUAAA